GCACAAGCCUUAAUUUAUGCUGAAAUGGCAGGCUCUAGCCUAGAACGUAUUCAGGAAAAAAUAAAUGAGUAUCUGGAAAGAGUUCAAGCUCUACAUUCAGCAGUUCAGUCGAAGAAUACAGACCCUUUGAAAUCAAAACAUCAGUUGGAUCUAGAGCGAGCCCAUUUCCUCGUUACACAAGCUUUUGAUGAAGAUGAAAAAGAGAAUGUUGAAGAUGCUAUAGAAUUGUACACUGAAGCUGUGGACCUUUGUCUAAAAACCUCUUAUGAAACUGCUGAUAAAACCCUUCAAAAUAAGCUGAAACAGUUGGCUCGACAGGCACUGGAUAGAGCAGAAGCCUUGAGUGAGCCUUUGACAAAGCCACUUAACAAAAUCAAGUCGGCAAAUACGAAACCAAAGCCAGGUCCAGUGAGAGCCCAUUUUCCACUCGGACCAAAUCCCUUCCUCGAGAAACCUCAGCAGUUUGUAACUACACAGUCGUGUGAUGCUCAAGGACAGAGAUACACAGCAGAAGAAAUAGAAGUGCUCAGGACAACAUCGAAAAUAAAUGGAGUAGAAUAUGUUCCUUUCAUGAGUGUUGAUCUCAGGGAACGUUUUGCCUAUCCAAUGCCUUUCUGUGAUAGAUUGGGCAAGUUACCUUUAUCACCUAAGCAAAAAACUACAUUUUCCAAAUGGGUACGACCAGAAGACCUCACCAACAAUCCUACAAUGAUAUACACUGUGUCCAGUUUUAGCAUCAAGCAGGUAAACCUUUAUUUUACUUCAUUUUCUAUGAAAGCACAACGAUUAGUUGAGUGCUUAAUCAUAAUUUACCCUCAGAAUAAGGAUGGUGAACCAGAAUACAAUCCAUGCGGAAAGUAUAUGGUAAAACUUCAUCUCAAUGGUGUCCCAAGAAAGGUGAUAAUUGAUGACCAUUUACCUGUGGAUCAUAAAGGAGAAUUGCUCUGUUCUUAUUCCAACAACAAAAGUGAACUGUGGGUUUCUCUCAUAGAAAAAGCAUACAUGAAAGUCAUGGGAGGAUAUGAUUUCCCUGGAUCCAAUUCAAAUAUAGAUCUUCAUGCACUGACUGGAUGGAUACCAGAAAGGAUUGCUAUGCAUUCCGAUAGCCAAACUUUCAGUAAGGAUAAUUCUUUCAGAAUGCUUUAUCAAAGAUUUCACAAAGGGGAUGUCCUGAUCACCGCAUCGACUGGCAUGAUGACUGAAGCUGAAGGAGAGAAGUGGGGACUGGUGCCCACGCAUGCAUAUGCUGUUUUGGAUAUUAGGGAAUUCAAGGGGUUGCGAUUUAUCCAGUUAAAAAACCCUUGGAGUCACUUACGCUGGAAAGGGAGAUACAGUGAGAAUGACGUGAAAAACUGGACUCCAGAGCUGCAGAAAUAUUUAAACUUUGAUCCCCGAACAGCCCAGAAAAUAGACAAUGGAAUAUUUUGGAUUUCAUGGGAUGAUUUAUGCCAGUAUUAUGACGUGAUUUAUUUGAGUUGGAAUCCAAGUCUUUUUAAAGAAUCAACAUGUAUUCACAGUACCUGGGAUGCUAAGCAAGGACCUGUGAAAGAUGCCUAUAGCCUGGCCAACAACCCCCAGUACAAAUUGGAGGUGCAGUGUCCACAUGGGGGCGCUGCGGUGUGGGUUUUGCUUAGUAGACACAUAACAGACAAGGAUGAUUUUGCAAAUAAUCGAGAAUUUAUCACAAUGGUUGUGUACAAGACUGAUGGGAAAAAAGUUUAUUACCCAGCUGACCCAGCUCCCUACAUUGAUGGAAUUCGAAUUAACAGCCCUCAUUAUUUGACUAAGAUAAAGCUGACCACACCUGGGACUCACACGUUUACGUUAGUGGUUUCUCAGUAUGAAAAGCAGAACACAAUCCAUUACACAGUCCGGGUGUAUUCGGCAUGCAGCUUUACUUUCUCAAAGAUCCCUUCACCAUACACCUUGUCAAGACGGAUUAACGGGAAAUGGAGUGGUCAAAGUGCUGGAGGGUGUGGAAAUUUCCAAGAAACUCACAAAAAUAACCCCAUCUACCAGUUCCAUGUAGAUAAGACUGGGCCCAUGCUGAUUGAGCUAAGAGGACCAAGGCAAUACAGUGUUGGAUUUGAGGUGGUGGCAGUGUCUGUGGGGACAGAUCCUGGUGCUCACGGCUUCCAGAGGAAAUCUAGUGGUGACUACAGGUGUGGGUUCUGCUACUUAGAAUUUGAAAAUAUACCUGCUGGGAUCUACAAUAUCAUUCCCAGUACUUUCUUGCCUAAGCAAGAAGGACCCUUUUUCUUGGACUUCAAUAGUGCGAACCCCAUCAAGACAACAGUACUUCAGUGAUCUCGGCAGUUACUGGAUUUUAUACUUAUCAAACAUCAACUCUUCAAAUGAGGACACAAAUCUGCAGGACCCUUAGGACAGCCAUCAGAACUGAAUGGAAUCGCUAAAACUGUGUAACAGUGGAAUCUGGUGCUCGUGUCAGGUGUUUGGUGAGAAUUGUGUACCAGAAUCACCCAGUCACUCAGUAGUUUACAUAGGUGUACAUACAGAGUUGUGUGCACUGAGGGGCCGUGCUAGAUAAAAAAGUACUUAUCAUUAAAGUUCGACUCACAACACUGUGAGAUGCCUCUGCUACGAGGCAAGAACUGAGCCCAGCUGGCGAAAUUGAGGGGCAUGGGCUUUGAGUGGAAUGGUGGGCAGGUGUAAUAUUCUGAAAUCUUUUACUUUCCCCCCUUUUUUUUAAGCAGAGCAUGUGGUAAGUUAAACCUGCUUGUUUUGUGACUCCACUGUACAUCUUGGGUAACUAAUUACCUAAUUAAUCAUAUCACCAUCACCAAAAUUUAAUUUUGCAUUAUUGAUGACUUUGAAAUGUUUACUGUUACCCAAGUGUUAUGAAAGAAUAAAGCUUUAAGAAAUCCUCAUUAACUUAGCAUAAAGAUGUUCAUGCUUAAGAAUGGAUGUACUUUGAGUGCUUAACUCCCAUGGAAUCAUGUAGAGAACUGAGGUGUUUAUCAGAUUGGUGCAGAUUAAUCUUUUGAAACAUUGAUGACAUGACAGUGUAGUCUGAAUAGUCUUUUAAGUUACGCUAUAUUCAGUAUUCUUUAUGGUAAUAGCACUUUGAAGAAAAUACAAUUGAGAACAUAAUAUAUGGAGAUUGGACUAUGUAUAGCAGUUAUAAAAGAUGAAUUGCCAAGAUACUAACUAGUGUCAUGUGUAAAUCCCCAGUUGUUUACCUAAAAAUCCAUCAGAACAGACAAUACUCAGAGUUUAAAGGUCUUUAGAAUUCAUUGGGUGGGAUUUUUCAUUGUCUCUGCUUUAUAAUUAUCAAAACUUAUUUUGUAUUUUACACUGCCUUUAACUGGAAUAAAAUGUUUAUACUUAAUCUAAAGAA